UGAACAUGUAGUGGCUCUCCUGUCCUCUGCUCCCCUGCACUCCGGAGUUCUCACCCGGAGAGAGGGGAGCUGAGAGCACCGGUGCUCCUGCCCUGCCAGAGCCACCUUUGGAAGCCCUGGGUGAAGGAGGAGUGGAGCAGGAGGAGGAAAUUGGAGGCCCAGGUAGGGUGAACAAGGAAGUCCAGCUGCAUCCGAUCACCUCCACCUGCUCACGGUGAGACAGGCAGAGCCCAAGCAGAGCCCGGCCAUGGAGUACCGGGAGCUGGUGAGGCUCUGGCACCGGGGCGUGCUGGCAGCCGACAGCGGGGACUGGCAAGCCGCCCUGGACAUCUUUGCCAGGAUCCCGGAGCCACCAUCCAGGAUCUGCUUCAACGUGGGGUGCCUGCACCUGCUGGUGGGGCGGGCGGCCGAGGCGCUGCAGGCGUUCAAUCAAACCCUUGUGAAAGACAACUCCCUAGCUGUUGGCUUCUUUCAGAGAGGGUUUGUCUACCUGCAGCUGGAAAUGUAUGAAGAAGCACUCUCCGACUAUCGCAUGGCCUUCAGCCAUCUAAGAAAAAACCCUUUCAUUGACUACAAGCAAUUGGGGCUGCGCUACAUACUCUAUGCAUGGGAGGUGUUGUACAACACGGCCGCAGCGCAGUGCCGGCUGCAGCAGUGGCAGGAAGCCAGAGUCACCCUGGAUAAAUCUGUGGUGUGGAGACCUGAAGGAAGAACAAUGAUCCUGGACAUGGCCCUGGAGCAGGUGCAGGAUGGUCUCUUUUUAGAGCCCAUGCAGGUUCCCCUCGGGGAAUUUUUCAGACCACGAAAGAAGGAAGUUGAGCAGCUGGAUUCAAAGGAUUUCCUCGGCAAACCCAAGGUGAUCUCAUCUAUCAUUCCCAAUGACGAGUACUUUGGCUUUGAGCCUCUCAGGCCUCAGAAACAGGGCUUUUAUGAACCCAGUGCUGAUGCUCUGCGAGACAGUGAGUCAGGCUACUAUCGAGUUGUGUCCCAUUAUUGCCCUGAGGACUCAGAGAAGCUGGAGGUGAAAGCUGGCAGCUUGGUCUUUGUGCUGGCAAGAGGAGCAGAUGGCUGGGCUACAGCUAUACAUGAUGGACAAAAGCUGCACAUACCAACCAGUCUCCUGGAGCCCGCCUCAAAGAUGGACAAAUGGAAGAUCAGCAAUGGGAUUCCCCUCCCGCCUGCCCAGGUGCCUCCCAGCCGGCUCCCCAUGACGCAGAAGCCAGAAUCCCCAGGGAGAGAAAAUACCUCUGCAAAGGAUGCUGGGGCCCAAAUGGACUUCAAGCAGAUGCCGCCGACUGGAGGAGAUGCUUCAUCCAGUACGGAGAGACCUGUUGUGCUGAGAGCACGUUGCGAGUGCACUGUGGUGCUGAGGGCAGGCGAGGUGCCGUCUCUGCCGGAGCUGCGGGCUCUGCUGCGGGAGCACUUUGGUCAGCAGGCAGAGCGAGGGAAGCUGAGCUACAGGCAUUCGGAUGGGAAAGAGCUGGGUGCAGUUUCGGAUGAGGAGGAUCUGGGGAAGGUGUGGCAGCAGCUGACAGAUGGCGGGCUGACACUCUGCUGCCAGGACUCGGACUCCUGCUCAGGCAGACCCGUUCUCUAUCGGAUGCUGGCCCAGCACCCUUACCUUGCACAAGGACCAGGGGACCUGGAGUUCAGCAAGGGAGAUGUGCUGUAUAUCCUCUCUGAAGUGAACGAGGACUGGCUCGAAGGGUGCUGCAAUGGCAAGACUGGCAUCUUCCCCAAAUGCUUUGCAAACCAGACCAGUUGAAGUGCUGCCUUCCUAUAGCAAACAGGAGCCUUUUCCUGCCUGACUACAGACUCCAGG